AGAGAUCUUAUUUUUUUUUCCACUGGCGGGUCAGAUAGUGUCACGCUCCAUGCAGCCAAAAAAACAUGCCGUCUCCUUACAACAUUAUCCUCCUUCAAAAAUAUCCUCAACAUCAAACGCUCGAACGCCAUAACAACAGAUAGGCUAAAACAAUUUUAUCUUCUACUCAUCGCCUCUAGUUUUUCAAGGAUAAGGAAGCAACCAAAUCGCCAAUCGGAAAACCAAGGCUUUCUGUGUUGUUUUCCAGAACAUGGCUGCAAUUGCGCCAGGGGGUGUUUCAAGUCCCAGCUAUCUUGAUUACAAACUAUCGCAUUCAAGGGAAAAACACAGCACACAAACCCGCAAAAUCUCUGCAAUUUCCAAACUAAAUACUUGCCCCUGUCAAGCUGAGUUUUCGGGGAGGAAAAGGUCAAAGCCAUAUACGCGCUCACCCACAUUUUAUUGCAGUUACAAUAACAAUUUCGGAGCAGAUGCAAGACGGGGGAAUUGGGGUCUGGAUUUCGGGGCAAAGCUUGGAGAACAAUUUCACGGCAUUGUCAGGAAAUUUCUGGACCAUUUAAAGGGUAAGGAGGAGUGGAGUCCUCAACAGGAGUGGGAUAAGUGGCAGGAAUAUUUUCAAAUGGUCGAGACAAAGGCGAAUUCGAGGUCAGAUUUGGAGAUCCUUCUAGAAUUUGCCGUAAAAAGUGAGAAUUACAAGGAGGCUGCUAAAUUAAAACUGCUUAUUGAUGAAAUAACUGCAUAUGAUACUGCUAAUGAAGUCAUUAGUCAGUUGAAGAAAGCAGUAGAAGUGGAAUGCUAUGAAGAUGCAGCAAAGAUUCGGGAUUUAACUUGUGCUGGAUUGGUUGGAUGGUGGUCUGGCUUGGCAGACAGUGCCAGUGAUCCAUAUGGGCGAAUUAUCCGUAUCAAGCCUGAACAUGGGAGAUUUGUGGCCAAGAGUUACAAUGCAAGGCAGCUAGCUGCAGGAGGACCAGGUGUUCCUUUGUUUGAAAUCUUUAUAACUAAAGAUGGUGAGCAGGAAUACAAGCAACAGGCAGUCUACUUGCAACGGAAUGGACAAUUUGCUAAAGAUACCAAAGACCAAGAAACAGACAUGGAGAAGAAUGAUGAUACAGAACUGGAAGAUGAGGGACUCAGACAUGUUCUGAAGUUUCUUAGAGCUGGGAUGCCAGGUCUUAAGUUCAAGGUUUUGAAAAUUGCAACUCCAGAACGAGCAGACAUGGACAUAAUUUCAGGCGUUUUUGACCAGUUAAUCCAGGACAUCAAUAAAGGGAAGACCGAUGAGAUCACUACAAGUGAAGGGUCUGUUCAUGAAUUUAGAACUGAAGCUGAUCUACAUAAUGAUAAGAUGACAAUAGGGGCUGAUGAUUUUAUCGAGCUUGUUCAGUUUGCUGCAGCCAAAGUUGCAUUUGGUACUCUUCUACAGAGUAUUGCAGAGGAUGCACCUCCAAAUGUUCCUGUACGUGUUGCAGCAAAAAUAGAGAAAAGAGGUCAUGAUUCUUUCUGCUUUCAAAUCGACAACAAUGGCAAUCAACAGUCAACUGGAGGAAAGGGAAUGGCACUCUCGUGGAAAGUUGCUACUGUUGCAAGACAGACAUCAGCUGUUCCUAUGUCUGCUGAUGUUCCAGAGGUACCUUGGAAUGUUGACAAACAAAAGGCACUGCAGGACUUUGGAGAGAUAAUUACCCUGGCAGUUAGUGAGGCACAAAAAAGACGUGGCUUGCAUGCAAGCACAGUUUUUCACCGCAUUAAUAUUGAAGCAGCAAAUACUGAUCCCUUUUGUGGGUUGUAUACUGGUACUUUUGGCCCUUAUACUUCAGAAGUAAUUCAGCUAAGGCGCCGUGUUGGUCGAUGGCAUGAUGAUAAUAAUGCAACUCCUAGUAAGGACUCGAAGUUUGAGUAUUAUGAAUAUGUGGAAGCUGUGAAGCUGACAGGGAACAUGAUUAUACCAGCGGGACAGGUUACUUUCCGUGCAAAAAUUGGGAAACAAUAUCUACUUCCUCACCGAGAUAUUUACCCAGAGGAGCUUGGAGUGAUUGCCAGAUACAAGGGUCAAGAGAGACGAGCACAGUCUGGAUUUCGUAACCGUGAGUGGGCUGAUGCAGAACUUUUGCUGCUUGAUGGGAAGGGAACUGGCUCCAAUACGGGUCCACAUCUUGGCUUUCUAUUGUCUCUGCAUGAGUAUCCCAUUCCUGUAUGGUUCAAACGGUUAAACCUUCCAGCAGAAGAUGGACCAUAUGUGUGUGCAGAUACUACCUGAAAAAUGCAAGCUGUAUUGAUAUUUGAGAUUUCCUAUUGGGUAACUGAUCAGACUGGAUUUCCUGGAAGAUUGGUGAUAUGCCAUGUGCUCUCUAGAUCCGUGUUCAUGCUGAAUUGGGCUGUGUGUUUUGGUUGAAACUGAAGGGUUGUUGCCUGAACUUGUAUGGAACUUAGCGGCUUGAGAAAGGAUAUUUAAGCUGGAAGGUAAAGUUUGUAAACAAAAUGCAUGUGGACCAAAACGUUCUGUAUGUGUUCAACUGUUUUAAUGGGUGGUCCCUUUGUAAAAGUUAAUGCCUAUUGUUUACAAUUCUUUUCUAUAUAUGUACUUUUUGUUGUUGAAAACAUGGCAGACUGCAGAUUCAGACUUGCUGUCUUUGAUCUGGCUGUGUAUUUCACUAUAUCAAAACUGAAGGUCAAAUGGAAGAUGUAGGGUUCUCCCUGCAUUGUGAAAGAUGUUUUAAAUUACAAGGUCUUUCAGAGUGUAUUUCACAGUUAAAAGAAUGGCAGCCAUUGGUGUAGUGUGCCAUUAUUGGUUUUGGUAUUAUAAUUUGAUUAUCAUGGUGUAAUUUGUCAUGCGAAAAUUUUCCGACUUAAUUCUGAUUGAUUCAAAAUUGAUUGUUAUAUGGAAAGUCAUAAUAUUAUUAUACACAGCUAUGCAAAUCUCAGCAGCACAUGGACAUUCCAAUCUAGCUGAGUGACAGUGAUCACGACUAUUGGAUCAGCAUUUAUAUUUGCAGAUCUUACCCUUUAAUAAGAUUAGGUUAUAUACUUUGUCAGAAAUGAACUUUUGGAUGAAAUUAUUAUGUAAUAAAAUCUAAAUAUGGGUUAGAAGAGCUUUGAAUUGAUCGACAA